AGGGAGGCUCAAUUUUUUAUAAAAAUUCCAUAUUCAACUCAAAGUGUAAUGAGCAACGACAAAUCAUCACACGACAAAAUCUUCCUUCACGCAUUGCUUGUCGACAAAACGUUACAAUGACCAAACCCAAACCCUCCCCUUUCCCUUUUAUUCUUUCUUCUCAAUAACAAUGAACACCUUUUAAUUCAUCCUCUGGAAAAAAAAAACCCAUUUUUUUGCCUAAAAAAACCCAGAAAUUAAGACAUCUUUUUCGAGUAUUGGCCAAGUUUUUUACGUGAUUUGAUUUGGGUUUUUGAUCAUCUACAAAACGCAGUAAGGAUUUAGCUCAACUCUUCUUCUAUAUAUAUUUUUUGAAUUUAUGAGGUUUUUGUUACUUUUUUUUUCAACUCUUUAUCUAAAAAAAACCCAGAAAAUUAAGCCUUUUUUUUCAAGUACUGGCUAAGUUUUUUAUGUGAUUUGAUUUGGGUUUUUGAUAAUCUACAAAACCCAGAAAUGAUUCCGCUCAACUCUUCUUCCAUUUUUUUGGGGAAUUUUUUUUUUAAUUUGUGAGGUUUUUGUUACUUUUUGUGAACCUUUUUUUUAGACAAACCACUGUUUUUCAUCUCAUUUUUUUUUUCUGGUUGGAUUUUUUGUUCUAUUCAAAUUCUCAGUUUUUUUAAUUUCCGCCCUUUUUGGGACAUUAAUUUCAUGAAAUUUUGAAUAUAUAUAAGCUUGGAGCUGUGUAUUUUAAUGGUGUCAAUGUCCCAAAACGAAUCCUCAUCGUUAAAAUCAUCAUCAUCAUCACUGCAAGUUUUUUCUAUGAUGUCAUUGUCACCUAGCUUAGGAUCAUCAUAUCCAUGGCUUAAAGAGCUUAAAUCAGAAGAAAGGGGUUUAUAUUUGAUCCAUUUGUUACUCACUUGUGCUAAUCAUGUAGCCACCGGUAGUCUCGAAAACGCGAACAUUGCGCUCGAGCAAAUAUCGGAACUCGCUUCACCGGACGGCGAUACGAUGCAGCGUAUUGCCGCUUAUUUCUCCGAAGCACUCGCGGACCGGAUCCUCAAAACGUGGCCCGGUCUGCAUAAGGCUAUCAAUUCGACUAGGGUUGUUGAUUUGGUAUCGGAACAAGCGUUGGUUCGGAGGUUGUUUUUCGAGGUGUUUCCGUUUUUGAAAGCGGCAUUCUUGCUUGUUAACCAAGCUAUAAUCGAAGCGAUGGAAGGGGAAAAGGUGGUACAUGUGAUUGAUCUCAAUGCGGCGGAGCCUAUGCAAUGGAUUGCACUCAUUCGAGGUUUGAGUGCAAGACCAGAAGGUCCGCCGCAUUUGAGGAUUACGGGGAUACAUGUGCGAAAAGAAGUGCUGGAUCAAAUGGGGCAUAGAUUGUCGGAAGAAGCCGAGAAGUUAGAUAUACCGUUUCAAUUUAAUCCGGUUGUUGGCGACUUAGAGGAUCUCGAUGUUGAAAGACUGCAUGUUAAAACUGGGGAAGCGGUAGCUAUUAGCUCGGUUCUCCGGUUGCAUUCGCUUUUGGCUUAUGAUGACGAACCCCUUCGGAAGAAACUUCCGUUAGCAUUGAAGAACUCAAAUGGAAUCCACUUACAAAGAGCCUUACAAAUGAGUCAAAACACCUUAGGAGAGUUACUCGAGAAAGAUAAGGUUAACGGAUGCAGCCCUAGCCCGGACUCGGCUUCUUCGUCGCCCUUAUCUUCACCCGUUUCACCGAAGGUCGAUACCUUUCUUACCGCACUACGUGGUUUGUUGCCUAAACUCGUGGUCAUAACCGAGCAAGACUCUAAUCACAACGGAUCCACACUAAUGGAAAGGCUAUUAGAGUCCCUCCAUUCGUACGCGGCAUUGUUCGAUUGCUUGGAAUCCACGGUCUCAAGGGCAUCCCCCGAGAGACUUAAACUCGAAAAGAUGCUCUUUGGGAACGAAAUCAAGAACAUAAUAUCUUGCGAAGGAGCCGAGAGGAAAGAGAGACAUGAAAAGCUAGAGAAGUGGAUACAAAGGCUCGAUUCAGCCGGGUUCUGUAACGUCCCAUUGAGUUACUACGGGAUGUUGCAAGCGAAGACAUUGUUGCAAGGUUAUAACUGCGACGGGUACAAGAUGAAAGACGAGAACGGCUGUGUCAUGGUUUGUUGGCAAGAUCGACCGAUGUUUUCAGUAUCGGCUUGGAGGUGUCGGAACAGUUUAUGAAAUGAAAAUCACAAUGAUUUUAUGAAGUUAUAUAUACUCAUAUUCAUCGUGUUAGGUGAAAAAUUUACCCUUGGUAACUUUUUUUUUACUUUUUCAUCUCAUUGGUUAAAUUUUUUUGCUGUUGAGUGCAAUGUACAGUUUUCCUUUUAACUUUCAGUUUAUGAAAUGAAAUCACAUUGAUUUUAA